GCGGAUCCUCCAGAAGUUUUGCGCCUGACCCUGAUCAUCUCGCCCAGACCAUCAAAUCUGCGCCAAAACCCGAUCCGCUUACGUAUUUUCUGGGUUAUGGAACUGGAUAAAAUGGACGAAAACGACUGGAAAUAUCACGGGGAGGGCAACAAGAGCAUUGUCGUGUCUCAUUUGCGGCACUGUCAAGUUCUCCGUCUGUUGAAGGUUCCCUCUGAGGACUCUGCACAUACACGACAGACCGCAGAACAAACUUUGCGACACAUCCUCAACAUUAUGGACUAUAGCAAACAUGUCAUGAAGCCUUUGCUUGGGGAGAAAUACGUUCACAGCGGAGAGGUUGUCAGACUACCGCUGGACUUUUUAAGACAGAUGUCACUGAAGGUCCAACAAGAACGACCUGAACUGCGCUGUGAUAAGGUCAUGGACACUUUCAGCGGCUGCGGUUUAUGCCUUCCCGAUCUAACCCAACUGCCCCUUCAUCACCUCAGAGACCACAGACCUCCAAUCUGCGUUGAGAUAAAGCCAAAAUGUGGAUUUCUACCCUUUUCGAGACACAUGACGAAGGAAUGCAAAUGGAAAGUUUGCAGAUUCUGCAUGCAUCAGCAUUAUAAGUUAGCCAAUGGGAAGUGGAAGCGACUGAGUCGAUAUUGCCCUCUGGAUCUCUUCUCAGGGAGCAAACAGCGAAUGUAUGUUGCAUUGAAGAAUCUCUUAGAGGAACCACAAAACAACUUAAAAAUCUUUAAGGGUGGAGAGUUGAUUUUUAGCUGUAAAGACGAUGCCAAACAGCAACCCGACUUAAACAAUCUCAUUCAGCACCUUCGGCCUUAUUUCCCCCACACUAACGGCCUUUAUAAUGGCCACCAGCCCGGCAAAGUCAUCCUCAACGAGUUCAUUCAGGUGAUCUGUUCUGCUCUGCUCAGCGGCGGGGACUCAAACCGUUCCGGAGAGCCCAGGAAGAUGCACCUUUCAGAAAGCAAACCACACUGUGAAGCCAGUCCCUUCCCAAGAGACUUGAUUCGAAACGGUCACCACGGUCUCCCUAAGGACAGUGUCCUCGCAAAAAUCCUCCAAGUUCAGAUGCUGGAUAACCUGGACAUUGAAGGAAUUUACCCUCUGUACAAGCGCGUGGAGCAGUAUCUAGAGGAGUUCCCGAAAGAAAGAAUCCGACUGCAGAUAGAUGGGCCUUACGAUGAGAGUUUCAUGGACACAGUGAAAAGCUGUCUAAACGAGGACGACGGCUCUGUGGAAUAUGCAAUUGGGAAGGUUCAUCAGUACAGAGUUGCAAUGACGGCCAAAGACUGCUCGGUCAUGAUCACUUUUGCACCUUGCGAAGAAGACGAAGAACACAAGCUGAAUCUGGAGAAGCCUCGUUUUACAUACUCCGUCUCCAUCCUGGACCUGGACACCAAACCCUAUGAAGGCAUCCCGCACCAGUACAAGCUGGACUCGAAAAUUGUCAACUAUUACCUGCGGAGCACACAAGCCCCGCCCCCCUCCAGCCUAUAUAAGGAAAGGCAGGAGUGUACGCUGCUUUUCCAUGCUGUAUGAGAUGCCUUCAGGAGUGCUGCUCGGAGAUGAAUAGAAGUUGAAAUAAUAGUGAUAGUUUUGUUUUUAUUUUCGUUUGUUUGUUUGUUUGUUUGCCCUCCCAACAAGUGUGCAGCGAAGACGGCUGUUGCCAGGACGACCUAAUGUUUUUCUUUCUCGAGGAUGAUGUUCUCACUGGGGCUGGUCUCCUUAAAGCACAGAAUACCUGAACGAGUCAGUCAUUGGCUGUAAAAAGGGAGGACGAGGAGGUUGUGUGUGUGUUAGUGUGUGUGUUUGUGCUGUUGGGUUGUUUUAUUCGCAGCAGCGCUACUGUGGUUUCCAAGUGCCAAAAGUGGCUUACAGCGAUCUUUCCGUAAUGAACACUUCACCGUGCAUCAGCUUUGCCGAGUGUGCAGUUACCGUACAAGCAGUUUGGAGUUCAAAAACAGACGAGUACUUGAGUUUUUAUGCGUGACUACUGCUUUGUAACGUCCCUAAAGAGCUCCUUAAACCACUGACCCACGGCGCGCUACAGUAUCGGGAGUUAUACUGACAAGCACAGACCUGUUGCAUGCUAGUGAAUGCGGCUGCGCUAAUACUGUCACUACCCGUACGGUUAGAUUUUUUUAACUUAUAAGAAUUAAAAGUCUAAUCACAUUACUCUUUAAUGAAAAGUAUUUUUGUAACAUGCUCUUGGUUGGCGUAACCGUGUACCGCCAUAUACAAAUUGAAGUGUCUUACUAAACAACAGACCGUAAUGAACAAGAUCGACCAUUUACUUGCCUUGUCACCGCAAACUUAUGUUGAAUGAAUUGUUAUACAGCUUAACCCUGUUUUUUAGUCCAAACGAAUUUUAAGGGGUUGUUCACACAAAA